UGAAGCAGAGCAGAAGUCCUCAGAAAAGCAAAGGUUUAUAAUUAAUUACAGAAAUAAUGGAAAUGUUAUCUACUAGUGAAAAAAACUUAAGUCGAAGCAGCAAAAUGGAGCUGAUAAAUUUACAAAAAGAGGAAGUUGUUAAGAGAAAUACUCUUCGGAAAUAUAAGAUACUUUGUGCUGUUCUUUUAGCUUCUUUGGUGAUUGUAUCACUUGGACUAGGUUUGGGACUUGGACUGAGGAAAUCAGCACAACCGCAAGUCAGUUGCAGAAAUAGUUGUAAUGAGACAUUCAGUGAAAAAAUGACUGGCUGUAGAUGUGAUAAGAACUGCAUAGAACAUCAAGCCUGCUGCUUGGAUUAUGAAACUACCUGUAUUGAACCAACUGAGAGCUGGUCUUGCACUAAAUCUCGUUGUGGUGAGACGCGCAUGCCCGGAGCCCUCUGCUUUUGUUCUGAAGACUGUUUCGAGAAUAAAGAUUGCUGCACAAACUACAGAAGUACUUGCAAAGGAGAAACAUCUUGGGUGAAAGAUUCAUGUGCCUCAUUUAACAGUCCGCAGUGCCCAGCAGGUUUUGAUCUGCCACCUCUUAUUCUUUUUUCAAUGGAUGGGUUCAGGGCAGAAUACUUAGAAACGUGGAGUGCUUUACUUCCAAAUAUUGAAAAACUCAAACGAUGUGGGACACAUUCAAAGUACAUGAGAGCUGUUUAUCCAACCAAAACCUUCACCAACCACUAUACAAUAGUUACUGGAUUGUACCCAGAAUCCCAUGGCAUCAUCGAUAACAAUAUGUAUGAUGUUAAUUUAAAUGAGAAUUUCUCACUUUCUGGGAGUGCCAAGUCAAAUCCAGCCUGGUGGAGCGGACAGCCUAUUUGGAAUACAGCCAUGUACCAAGGUUUGAAAGCUGGCACCUUCUUUUGGCCUGGAUCUGAUGUAAAAAUCAAUGGAUCGUUCCCUAAUUUAUAUGUAUUGUACAAAAAAUCAAUUACAUAUGGGGAAAGAAUAACAAAAUUGCUGGAAUGGCUUGAUCUUCCCAAAGCUGAGAGGCCCAAUUUCUAUACACUAUACAUUGAGGAACCUGACACAUCGGGACACUCAUUUGGACCACUUAGUGGUGGAACUAUUAAAGCCUUACAAUUGGCAGAUAAAGCUUUGGGAAUGUUAAUGGAAGGCCUAAAACAAAGAAAUCUGCACAACUGUGUCAAUCUGAUUGUUCUGGCUGAUCAUGGAAUGGAUAAGACUUCCUGCAACAAAAUGGAGUACAUGACAGACUAUUUUAAUAAAAUUGAUUUUUUUAUGUAUGAAGGGCCAGCACCACGUAUCCGAGCAAAGAAUGUUCCGAAGGACUUCAACACAUUUGAUUCAGAAGGAAUUGUUAAAAAUCUUACGUGUAGAAAACCAGAUCAACACUUCAAGGCCUAUUUGACUUCAAACUUACCAAAAAGAUUUCAUUAUGUUAACAACAUUCGUAUCGAUAAAGUUCAUCUUAUGGUGGAUCGACAGUGGUUGGCUGUGCGGUCUAGAAGUUAUAAAUAUUGUAAUGGUGGUAACCAUGGCUAUGACAAUGAAUUCAAAAGUAUGGAGGCCAUCUUUGUAGCACAUGGUCCAGGAUUUAAAGAAAAAACUGAGGUGCAGCCUUUUGAAAACAUUGAAGUUUACAACUUAAUGUGUGAUCUACUUAAAAUUCAGCCAGCACCAAAUAAUGGAACACACGGCAGCUUAAACCACCUUUUGAAGUCUCCUUACUACCAUCCAUUACCAGCAAUGGAGCAGUCAUCUCCUUCUAACUGUUCCUUCAACUCCCCUUCACUCCUAAAUACCUCAGGAUGUCUCUGUGAUUCAAUAACAGAUUUAGAAGCAAUGAAUCGAAGAUUAAAUCUCAGCCGUGAAGCAAAAAAGGAGACAGAGGUUUAUAAUUUGCCUUAUGGUAGGCCCUAUGUUCUACAGAACCAGAAUACCUAUUGUCUUCUUCAUCAUAAUAAAUACAUAAGUGGAUACAGCUACAAUAUCUGGAUGCCACUAUGGAGUUCGUACAGUGUUGACAGACUGCUGGAAGAUGCACCUCCUCUUCCUUCCAAUGCUACAGACUGUCUGCGGCCAGAUGUUAGAAUUCCUGCUGCUCAGAGCCAAAACUGCUCCAACUACCAGCCAGACCUGAACAUCACCCACGGUUUCCUCUAUCCUCCUAACUUGAAUUCAACUGAUGUUGAACAAUAUGAUGCUUUACUCACUAGCAACAUUGUCCCCAUGUAUGAAGAAUUCAAAAGAAUAUGGAAUUACUUCCAUGAAAGACUACUCCCAAAAUAUGCUAAAGAGAGGAAUGGACUGAAUGUGAUCAGUGGGCCUAUUUUUGAUUAUGAUUGUGAUGGCCACUUUGAUUCCCUUGACAAAAUUAAACAGUACGUAACCAGCACACAGAUUCCUAUUCCGACCCAUUACUUUAUUGUGCUGACCAGCUGUAUGAAUCAAUCUAGCACUCCACUGAACUGCUCCAGCUCCCUGGAUGUCCUGUCUUUUAUUCUUCCUCAUCGUCCUGACAACAGUGAGAGCUGUGCUAUGAAUGGCCUCCCAGAGAUCCUGUGGGUUGAAAAAAGAAUGCAGGCUCAUGUUGGACGUGUCCGUGAUGUGGAGCUUUUGACGGGUCUAGAUUUCUAUCAUGGGAGAAACCAGUCACUUCCUGAUAUUCUACAAUUAAAGACAUUUCUGCCAACGUUUGAAACUAUUAUUUACUGAGUGUGUGUCAAUUGAUAAUAAAGGAACAUCUACUGAAAUAA